AUGCAAGACGCACAACAACACUUCGAGACAGCGGCCGACAAGGAUGGAAUCAAAAGCAUUGUCGAGUACGUCGACAAGAGCGGCGUGACCUACAAGAUCACCAAAAAGGUGAAAGAAGUUGUGACGACAAAGUGGACGAACGAGGCUAUCCAAGCCCGCAAGUCCUUGGACAAGUUUGGCAAGGCAGCCACUAACUCUGAGGCGGACGAAAAGACGUUGUGCAUGAGAAGCGUGGAAGAAAUUCCAGUGGAGUCAGCCAAAAAGAUCCAUGUGGAUUUGUCCCAAAAGGAUGAUGCAGAAGAGAAGUUCUUCGAGGAGAGCUUGACCAUUACGGAGAGCUUGCUGAAGGAGAAGAAGGUAUGGACGGACCUCAACAAGGAGAUGAAGGACCAGGUAGGCGUUGGGGAGGAGGACAAGAAAGACACAACUGAAGCAUCGGCAACUCUGGCGUCUGGCGCACCUGGAAAGUACGUGCCGCCCAGUCUCCGUGGAGCGCAGGGUGAUGGUGGCAAAGGCAAGGGCAAGGGCAAGGGAGGGGACUACUCGGGACAGCAGGAUGCCACUCUUCGAGUUUUCAAUUUGUCCGAUGAUGUCAAAGAGGGAGACUUGCAAGACUUGUUUGGUCAGUGCGGCCGCCUGCAGCGGGUCUUCUUGGCCAAAGACAUGACGACGUAUCAGUCGAAAGGCUUUGCGUUCAUUACCUACUACAACCGUGAAGAUGCUCAAAGGGCCAUCGAUCGAUUGAACGGCCAUGGCUACGACAACUUGAUCAUGAAAGUGGAGUGGGCCAAGCCACGAGCCUGA